CUCCCAACGAGAAAAAAAAACCACCGGUUAAACAAAAAAUUCUUAGCAUCGUGGUGUGCUACCAAUACCACUCCAACAAGCCAACACACACAAACAAUGGCUGAUAGCCCUAUUGAGACCACGGGCGAUAUAGAUUCAGUAACUGCUGUCUCUACAGCGGUUACAUCUACAGAAUCAUCUUCUACCCCGGCAGAAAACACGACGCUGUUCGUGCGGUCGAUUCCAUUCUCUGCCACUUCUGAAUCGCUGUCGGAUUUUUUCUCGCAGAUUUCCCCGGUCAAGCACAGUGUGAUUGUGACCGAUCACAAGACCCAUGAAUCCAAGGGCUUUGGAUUUGUGUCUUUUGCACUUGCCGCUGACGCGAAGAAGGCACUGGAGGAGUGCCGGAAGACCAAGUUCGAGGGUCGGUUGCUCAAUGUUGAUUUCGCAAAGAAGCGUGAGCGGAAAGAAGCGCCAAAGCAGCGCGCUGUCUACGUUGACGACGACGGAUCUGAUGAUGAGGACCAAGAUGGUGAAGAGCCACGGACGGAUAGCACCGGCCAGAGUAUCGAGCGACGUCGGCCUCGAUUGAUCAUUCGCAAUCUUCCGUGGUCGGUCCGCGACCCGGAUGAGCUCAAGAAAUUGUUCAUGCCGUACGGAAAGGUUACAGAGUGUAUUAUUCCGCGCAAGGCCGGUGGUCGCAUGUCUGGAUUUGCGUUUGUCACUAUGCGCAAACGGAUCUCGGCCGAGAACGCAAUUAAGGCUGUGAACGGCAAGAAGCUUGACGGACGACCGAUCGCGGUUGAUUAUGCGGUGCAGAAGGACCUUUGGACUCAGCAUCAGGCUAACAGACCCGAUGAGGACGCUGAUGUUAAGGAGGAGUCUGAUGAAGACGAAGUCAAGGAAGAGUCCGAGGAUGACGAGGAUGACGACGAUUCGAUCAAAUCUGAAGAUGACGAUAGCGAACCGGAGAUCAAAGACGAGCCUGACAGCGACACUGAGAUCAAGCUCGAAGACGAUGAAGAUGAAGAUGACGAUGAAGAUGAUGAAGACGGUGAAGAUGAUGACGAAGACGAGGAAGACGAAGACGAAGACAUGGACGUGGAAGACAAGCCUGCCACUCGUCGCGCCGGCCCUGACACUAAAACGCCCACGACUGUCUUCGUCCGCAACCUCUCCUAUGCAACCACCGCCGAGAGUCUAAAGGCUCAUUUCGAGACCCACUUCGGACCAGUCCGGUACGCUCUCCCCGUCAUCGACAAGGAAACCGAGAUGCCGCGCGGCACCGGCUUUGUCUGCUUCUACAACUCUGAAGAUCAUCUUUCAUGCGUUACCUCGGCGCCGAAGCAGAUUGCUGAGAACUCAAUCCUAAUUGCCGAUGACGUCGACCAGCGCUACGUGCUCGACGACCGUGUUCUCUCAGUCACGUCGGCGGUCGACCGUGAGCGCGCUGAGAAGCUUCAGACUGCUGGUGCGCAACGCAGACUUACGGCUGCUGGAAAAGACAACUCUGGAUCUCGCGACAAGCGGCACCUGUUCCUUCUCAACGAGGGUCGCAUCGCGCCCGAUUCAGAACUCGGCCAGGCAAUGUCGAAAACCGAUAUGGAUAUCAGACAGCAGUCUCUAGCCGCCCGACGACAGCAGCUCCGCAGCAAUCCGUCGCUUCAUCUGUCACUCACCCGUCUAGCUGUGCGCAAUAUCCCGCGUAGCAUGACCGAGACGCAGCUGAAGGCGCUCGCUCGCAAGGCAGUCGUCGGGUUUGCUGAGGACGUCAAGGCCGGUAUUCGUCAGCCCCUUUCAAAGGAGGAGCUUGAGCGGUCGCGUGCAAAUGAAGAGCAGCGCGGUAUGAUUGGCAAGAAGAAAAAAUUUGGUGUCGUCAAGCAGGUGAAGAUCAUCACCGAGGACAAAAAGACCGGGUCAGGACGUAGUCGCGGAUACGGAUUCAUCGAGUACGCUACGCACCGAUCUGCUCUGAUGGGUCUGAGAUGGCUCAAUGCUCGCGAGAUCGGACCUAAAGAUCUGACAGCGCUCCAGGCCGAUCUCGACAAGAUCGUCACACCGGAAUCAUCUUCCAAGACCGAGACCGGCGAAGCCUCCGAGGGAUCUCAACAGGCGAACGGCAAGGCGGGCAAGAAGGGCAAGAAGUCGGUGAUUAAGGACGCGGAAGAUCUACGGAAGCGGAGAAUGGUGGUCGAGUUUGCGAUUGAGAACAUCGAGGUUGUCAAGCGCCGCGAGGCACGGGAGCUGAAAGCGCGGAUAAAGGUCGGUCAGAAGAACGCAUCUGCCGAUGGCGAAGGGAACGGUGAUGAUGACGAGGCAGAGAAGGAGGAGGAGGAGGAGGAUAAGGUUGUGGUUUUCAACAAAACUCGUGCGAGUCGGGGUUCGAGUCGGGGAGGACGUGGCGGAAGUCGUAAUAGUAACAGCCGGGGAAGAGGUGGCGCUGCUGGUAUCGGUGCCGGAAAGAGAAAGAGAGAUGGCGAAGAAGAUCGGUCGGGGAAGAACAAGAGACAAAACUCCGGACGGGGACGGGGAAAUUUCAGAAGAGGAAAAUAGAGUAGGGAUUUAUGUU